AUGGACCACUUACAGCCAGAUUUUGAUCCAACUUUGGUCAAAGUAUCAAGAUUGAGAAACAUUUUAAAUCUACAUCAAAUACCUUUCCCCAGCACUGCAAAGAAGAAUCAGUUGGUUGAGAUUUUCGAAGAUGUGGUGAGACCUAAUGCCUCAAAAUGGCUAGAGGAUUAUUUGUCAAGGGCCAAUAAUUCCGAUGAUCGAGGAUUUGUUAAUGUAGCAAAUGACGAACAAAAUGAGAAGCCAGCCGUAUAUAGCGAUACAGAUGACAAAUCUAGGAACAAAAAUAAUCCAAUUUUGAAUGAAGACGACUCUAAGAGUCAUAAAAGGACUACUAGAAAAGACUCAAAGUCAAAGUCAAAGUCAAAGUCAAAGUCUAAGGAGGUUAAAACGGAGGAAAUGAAUCUGAACUUAUCGAGCAAUACCAUCAAGAAUUUAGAUUCGCUAGGUCAACAAUUGAAGACGGAUGAGGAGAAGGUAGAUGCAGAAAGUGAGGAGAAGGUAGAGGCAGAAAGUGAGAAGAAGGUAGAGGCAGAAAGUGAGGAGAAGGUAGAGACAGAAAGUGAGGAGAAGGUAGAGGCAGAAAGUGAGGUCAAAGUGGAAGAAAUCGAAAAUUCAAAGGACAAUGUAGAGCUCAGUCCAUUUAGUGCUGAAAAUGUAUUUCAGUCUCAAAAAGAUGAGGCUCAUAUCAAGAAAAGAAAGCGUAAAUUGGACAAUAAAGAUGAUGAUGCCGCAAGCGCAAGAAAAAGGACAAAGUCUCCAAUCCAAUCUACCUCCACUUCUAGUGCUAAACCUACAACAAAAAAGUCUAUUUUUGAUGAUGAUAGUGAUUCAGAAAUUUUCGAGUAUUCAAUAAUUAGUAAAAACGAUUUAAUGAGAAGUUCUCCUUCUCAUCACAUCAAUAAUGGUAAUAACAACAACAAUAAUACAGUAAAAGAUUCUAUGCCAAAGACUCCAAGAGCUAAAUUAGAGAAUGGAAGACCUUCGAGUCCAAUUGAAGUCAAGCCAACUUCCCCCGACACACUGGGUAAUUUUGAGAAGGUUGGAAAAAGUCAUAUUGAGUUUGAAAAUACACCAACAAUAGAUAAUGAGUUAGCAAAGCUGUUGGGAGUAACCAUACAAGGGCUUUAUCCACAGCAGAAAGUUGCGUCGCCACCCGAGGGGCAACUUACUACUAAUAAUGAAAUCAUCAACAACUCAGAUAUAUCAGAUGAAAGUAUAUCAAGUCACGCAUUGAAAUCGAAGGAUAGAGCAUUUACUGAUACACCCAGCGCCAGUGUACAAAACUCGCCUUCGAACCCAAUCAAUGGCCCUGUUAUUUCGCCAAAACCAAUCAAACCUCAAACACCAAGUUCCCGCUCUGUUAAUCGGAUCAAAAAGGAAACACCAUUAUCGAGUAGUAGAAAUACGAGUUAUUUAACAAAGUCCAAAAAAAGUGAAACAAGGGAACGUGAUAGAACAUCGACACCCAAGUCAGUAAAGGCUACACCAGAAGUAUCUAAAGUAACUCCAACGUCAGCUAAAUCCGGAUUCGGGUCAUUACAACCAAGAAGCAGAAAUGUCACGCCUCAAAUGCUUAGAGAUUUACCUAAAAGGGUUAGAACCCCAAUAACAAGAGCAGGAUUGACCCCAAAACCGAGAUUGAUCUCCAUAACUGCAUCAAAAAUUGUUACGGACGACGAAGAUGACGAUGACGAUGAAGAGGAUGAGGAGGAGGAUGACGAUGACGAUGACGAUGAGGAUGAAGACAAGAAGGAUAGGAAAACAGAGAUAUCUAAGACAGAGAGGUCCACUGACUCCGUCAAAUCUUCUUCUGGCAGCAAAAAGUCACUUUUUGAAAUGUUGGGUACACUUCUAACUUGGACAUUCUUUGUAUCCAUACUUAUAUUUGGCUACUGGUAUUACGAACAGAAAUAUUUAGUUGGUUACUGUGGUCAAGAAAUUGAUGAAACUACACUUGGCAAUUCGCCCAAUAUUGUUCUCUAUAAAAUCGGCCAGACUUUAGACGAGUAUUGCAAACCAGCGUGUAUUUCGUGCCCUCCCCAUGCUAGAUGUUUUCCGAAUUUAGAGCUUGGUUGUUAUGAAGACUUUGUGGAAUUCAAACCUUGGUAUGAUGUUUUUCUUCCUGGCUACAAGAAAUGUAUUCCUGAUACUAAAAAGGCAGAGAAAUUGGAGAUUAUGAUUGAAGUGGCUUUGGAUUUAUUGAGAAGUAAAAAUGCUCAGGUGCAAUGUGGUAAGGGGAAUGAUGAUGAAGAAAGUGGGAUCUUAUUGAGUGAUUUACACGAUAUUUUGUUAUCAAUGAAAGCUCCAUAUAUCACUCAUGAAGAGUUUGAAGAACUUUGGUCUAGAUCUUUUAAAGAGUUGGAGAAGGAACCAGAGGUGAUUUUAAGGCAAGUCCCAAUUAAUGAUGCUUCAAGUUCAGAACAACUCACAUUUGACACUAACGACACUGAAACCAAGACACAAGAGAAGAACCAGGUUUUUCGAUCAACGUCCUUAUCAAACAUUAGCUUGAAAUGUCAACUACAGAAUAGUAUAAUGGGCAACUUGACAGAAUAUAAAUACAAGAUCAGUUUCAUUAUACUUGUUAUCGCAGCUUUUAGAUUCUUGCAAUAUAAGUAUAAAAACUACCAAAUACAACUUGUCAAGCUUGAUAUCAUAUACCAAGAAGUCAUUAAUAAGUUGAUAACUCAGUUGAAAUUAUCUAAGAAUAACGAGACAAUUAAACCAUAUAUUGGGUCUAAUCAAUUAAGAGAUUUGAUAUUGAGUAAUGUACAUAAUCUAGGUGAGCGGUUGAGAUUAUGGAAUCAGGUAAGUAAUAAGAUUGAAAAUAAUACAAACAUAGCUGCUAGUAUUGUGGAGGAGCAUGGUGAGAUCAUGAAGGUUUGGCAAUGGAUAAACGAUACAAACUUGGACUUUGGCGUAUAG